UCCUCGGGUGGCGCAGGGAGGAGGGAGCGCCCAGAGUACCCCAAAUUCAUGAGCAACACGGGAAAAACACGCGUGGCGCGGGCAGGGGACACUGAAAAUGAGAUCUGAGGCCACAAAGCUGUGGAGGCAGGCGGCGUCUCGCUCUGCAGAGGCCGAAUAACAUCUGGAACACAGAACAUUAAUGAAACAGAAGGAAAAAGGCUCCAAGAUCGGCUAGACAAGCUCAGGUCUGCGUUCCCUGGCACCGAACUGCAUCCGCACCGCAGAGCUCAGCCUGUCAGCAUGGUGGAGCACGCUGAGUUUGCGAAGGCUGGGAAGGAGCCUGGCCUUCAGAUUUGGAGGAUCGAGAAAUUUGAUUUGGUGCCAGUGCCAAAAAAUCUGUAUGGAGACUUCUUCACAGGAGAUUCCUAUCUGGUGCUGAACACCAUCAGACAGCGCAGUGGGAACCUCCAGUACGACUUGCACUUCUGGUUAGGAGAUGAAAGCUCUCAAGAUGAGCGUGGGGCAGCUGCCAUAUUCACUGUUCAGAUGGAUGAUUACCUUCAAGGGAAAGCUGUCCAGCACCGUGAAGUGCAAGGCCAUGAAUCCUCAACAUUCCUGGGGUAUUUCAAAUCUGGCAUCAAGUACAAGGCUGGUGGCGUGGCUUCUGGCUUCAGGCACGUGGUUCCCAAUGAAGUAACUGUGCAGAGGCUUCUCCAGGUCAAGGGCAGGAGAACAGUCCGAGCGACAGAGGUCCCUGUGACCUGGGAGAGCUUCAACACGGGGGAUUGUUUCAUCCUUGACCUUGGCAGUAACAUCUACCAGUGGUGUGGCUCCAACAGCAACCGUCAAGAGCGUCUGAAGGCCACCGUGCUAGCCAAGGGGAUCCGGGACAACGAGAGGAACGGUCGUGCCAAAGUCUUCGUUUCAGAGGAAGGAGCAGAGCGGGAGGAAAUGCUUCAGGUCCUAGGACCAAAGCCCAGUUUGCCGCAAGGAGCUUCUGAUGAUACUAAAACUGAUACAGCCAAUAGAAAGCUGGCUAAGCUCUAUAAGGUCUCGAAUGGGGCUGGGAACAUGGCAGUUUCCCUCGUGGCAGAUGAGAACCCCUUCUCCCAGGCAGCACUGAACACAGAUGACUGCUUCAUUCUGGACCAUGGCACAGAUGGAAAGAUCUUUGUUUGGAAAGGCAGGAGUGCCAACUCUGAUGAGAGGAAGGCAGCCCUGAAAACAGCUACGGAUUUCAUUGAUAAGAUGGGUUAUCCGAAACAUACCCAGGUCCAAGUCCUCCCUGAGAGUGGUGAAACACCUUUGUUUAAACAAUUCUUCAAGAACUGGAGGGACAAGGACCAGACAGAAGGACUGGGAGAGGCUUACAUUUCUGGUCACGUUGCCAAAAUUGAGAAAGUACCUUUUGAUGCUGCCACUCUGCACACUUCCAGGGCCAUGGCUGCCCAGCAUGGCAUGGAGGACGAUGGCUCUGGCAAGAAACAGAUUUGGAGAAUAGAAGGCUCAGAGAAAGUGCCAGUGAAUCCUUCGACAUACGGCCAGUUCUAUGGAGGGGAUAGCUAUAUUAUCUUGUACGACUACCAGCAUGCUGGAAAGCAGGGGCAGAUCAUUUACACUUGGCAGGGUGCUCAUUCCACUCAAGAUGAAAUUGCGACUUCAGCCUUCCUCACAGUACAGCUGGAUGAGGAGCUGGGAGGCAGCCCUGUGCAGAAACGAGUAGUGCAAGGAAAAGAGCCACCUCAUCUGAUGAGCAUGUUUGGUGGAAAGCCCUUGAUUGUUUACAAGGGUGGAACCUCUAGGGAAGGAGGGCAGACCACACCAGCUCAAACACGGCUGUUCCAGGUCCGGUCCAGCACCUCAGGAGCUACCAGAGCUGUAGAGCUGGAUCCUGCUGCCAGUCAGCUGAACUCCAAUGAUGCUUUUGUCCUGAAAACUCCCUCUGCUGCUUACCUCUGGGUUGGCCGAGGCUCCAACAACGCUGAGCUUUCAGGGGCACAGGAGUUGCUGAAGGUUCUGGGAGCUCGCCCAGUACAGGUUUCCGAGGGUAGAGAGCCAGAUAACUUCUGGGCGGCUUUGGGUGGAAAAGCUCCCUACCGCACCUCUCCUCGGCUGAAGGACAAGAAGAUGGAUGCUCACCCCCCUCGUCUUUUUGCGUGCUCCAACAAGAGUGGACGCUUCACUAUUGAAGAAGUCCCUGGAGAUCUGACUCAGGAUGACCUUGCUACAGAUGAUGUUAUGAUCCUCGACACAUGGGAUCAGGUCUUUGUAUGGAUUGGAAAAGAUGCCCAGGAGGAAGAAAAGACUGAGGCUUUGAAAUCUGCGAAGCGGUACAUUGAAACCGAUCCAGCCAGCCGCGAUAAGAGAACUCCAGUCACACUCGUUAAGCAAGGGCUUGAGCCUCCAACCUUCUCCGGCUGGUUCCUGGGCUGGGAUGAUGACUACUGGUCUGUCGAUCCCCUGCAGAGAGCAAUGGCAGAUGUGGAUGUCUAAGUAAAAGGUUUUUCCUCUUUUUAAUAGAGCAAGUUUAGUUCCUUCUGUGCCUUCAAGAGCUGCUUCCUCCUGCUGGAUGGAUGCUAGCAUGGCAAAGAUGUUAAUAGCCAAUUAGCUGUGCAAUAAGUACCAAAACCAAUCACGACCGGUCAUAUUGCUCUACUCCUUGCUUUGAUUAUAUUUAAUACAGUAAAGCUUGUUUGGAAUAGGAGAAGAAUAAAAUGGGUGAGCUUUGCUACUAAGAUGAAAACAUUAAACAGAACCUGUAGAUCCCACGUUUGAACUUACUUGAAACAAAUACACACCUUAGAAAACGAAA